UUGGAUGAUUGACCACUAGAUGAUGUUGGAUGCAAGUGCUGUGCAAGUAACGUGUCCAAAAAAUGUUGUACUAUGUGAACAUGUAGGUUGAAAUAAAGCUAAAGAUCUAGGCCAAUGAUACAAGUUUCCAACCAACAUGAGUAUCUCCACAAUAACGAGUGUCUUCAUUGUUUUGUUGGGGGUUUCCCUCCAAGUUAUUUUCCUGUUUGUCUCUGAAACGCCGGAUCUCGGAUUUCAAGAGCUUCCCUCGCAUCUCCAAUCCUGGUUCCAACGGGGAUCAAUCCAUGAUAUCGAUGGGUUUGAAGUGUUUUGCAUUGAUGAGGGUCCCAGGGAUGAGUCGUCCGAGACGCUCAUCUUUAUCCACGGCUUCCCGACGUCAUCAUUUGAUUACCACAAAGCCAUGCAGUUCUUCCAAGCCGCUCAAUACAGACUCGUGCUCUGCGAUCACGUUGGAUUCGGAUUCUCGUCCAAACCCCGAGAGAAUUUCACCCAAAGCAUGGCGGACUUGGCUGAUCAUGCCCUGAUGCUUUGGCAGAAGUUGGACAUCCGGAACGCCCACAUCGUGGCUCAUGAUAUGGGAGACUCCGUUCUAACCGAGAUCCUCACUCGCCGCCAAAAAAAACUGCUUCCCGAUGAAUUCAAAGACUUUUUCAAGAGUGUCACGUUUACUAAUGGCGGGAUGAGGUACGAUUUGAUCAAUUUCCGCCUCUCUCAAACUUUACUAACCAAACCAUGGUUGGGCGAGAUGUUGGUAUCACUUCAAAAUCGGAUUCCUGUCGACGUCAGAUCCUACAUAAGUAGUCAGCAAUUGGAAAGUCUUUGGAGUCCAAAUUAUCACCUCAAAGAGGAAUUGACUCGCGAUAUUGAGGAUAUUCAGGCCUUGAUGAGUUUAAACGGAGGCGACAAGAUCGUCCAUAAAACCAUCUCCUACCUUCAUGACAGGUCGAGAUUUGAGGUUCGUUGGCUCAAGUCCUUGAGAAGUCUGGACAUCCCUUGUCUUUUGUUUUGGGGCGAUGCAGAUGCUGUGUCCCCAAUGGAAAUACCCAAAUCCUUGGCCAGGGAUUUCAUCCCGCCCAAUGUGUUCAAUGGAAAAACGCUAAAAGGUGUCGGCCAUUUUUUGAUGUUGGAGAAGCCUGAGGAAUAUGCUCAAACGAUUCUACACUUCAUACAAAGUGCAAGAUGACUCUUCCCUCAAUAAAGAGAUAACUUUAAGAUUUA